UUGUUUACAACCUUUAGCAGAAUAGAAAAAAACAGGAAAUUCGCAGCGCGUUCAACUAGUUUUCCGCUUAAAAAGAUGAGAUUCCAGCAGACAGCAUGUAUUCAUAACGCAUUUGGUAGCGUUGGACAUUAGGAGACGCACUCGCGGCUAUCGAAGUGCUUAAACUGGACUGUGCAUUGGUCGUGGCCAAGUUCAACGCUGGCCACAACAAACAAGAGAUCAAUUUUCUUGGCCAACGCUUAGUUUGGCGCAAAGAGAGUGGGGCUCGAAAUUGUUGCCGGUCAUUAGCACAGCGUAGCUGAAGCAGACAACAACAACGUGCGCGCAAACACGGGUGUCCCAAAAAAAAAAUUAAAAAAGCAAACAGCCGUUCGUCAAAAUGGGUCUGCGCUUCCAGCAGCUAAAGAAGCUCUGGCUUCUAUACCUGUUCUUGUUGUUUUUUGCAUUCUUCAUGUUUGCAAUUAGCAUAAAUUUAUAUGUGUCAAGUAUACAGAACACUGACGCAGAGCCGCGUCAUCCAAAACCGCCGCCCAAACGACGCUCGCUCUGGCCGUACAAAAACAUUGUGGCCCACUAUAUUGGCAAGGGAGACAUCUUCGGCAAUAUGACUGCAGAUGAUUACAACAUCAACCAGUUCGAGCCUAAACAGGGCGAGGGCGCCGAUGGGCGACCCGUGGUCAUACCGCCGCGCGAUCGUUUUCGUAUGCAGCGCUUCUUCAAGCUAAACAGCUUUAAUAUCUUGGCCAGCGAUCGCAUACCCCUCAACAGAACGCUCAAGGACUACAGAACGAAUGAAUGUCGCGAUAAACGUUAUGCCCAUGGCUUGCCCAGCACCUCGGUGAUCAUUGUCUUCCACAACGAGGCCUGGUCCGUGCUGCUGCGCACCAUUACCAGCGUCAUAAAUCGCUCACCACGCCAACUGCUCAAGGAAAUCAUUUUGGUGGACGAUGCCAGCGAUCGCUCCUUUUUGAAACGCCAACUGGAGGCCUACAUCAAGGUGCUUAAUGUGCCCACGCGUUUGUAUCGCAUGAAGGAGCGCAGCGGACUGGUGCCCGCUCGUCUCAUGGGCGCGCAGCAUGCGCGCGGCGAUGUGCUCACCUUUCUGGAUGCGCACUGUGAGUGCUCCCGUGGCUGGCUGGAGCCAUUGUUGGCACGCAUCAAGGAAUCGCGCGAGGUGGUCAUUUGCCCGGUGAUAGACAUCAUAUCGGACGACAAUUUUAGCUACACGAAAACCUUUGAGAAUCAUUGGGGCGCCUUCAACUGGCAGCUAAGCUUCCGCUGGUUCUCCUCGGAUCGCAAACGACAGACCAGCGUUAAGCCCAAGGACAGCACAGCGCCCAUAGCCACACCGGGCAUGGCUGGCGGCCUGUUUGCCAUCGAUCGCAAGUACUUCUACGAGAUGGGCGCCUACGAUAGCGAAAUGCGCAUCUGGGGCGGUGAGAACGUGGAAAUGUCCUUUCGCAUUUGGCAGUGCGGCGGACGCAUCGAGAUUAGUCCCUGCUCCCAUGUGGGCCACAUAUUCCGCAGCAGCACGCCGUACACGUUCCCGGGCGGCAUGAGCGAGGUACUCACCGCGAAUCUGGCACGUGCUGCCACCGUCUGGAUGGACGACUGGCAAUAUUUUGUGAUGCUCUACACGGCCGGUCUAUCGCUGAGCGCGCGGGACAAGGUGAAUGUGACGGAGCGCUUGGCACUGCGCGAGAAACUCAAGUGCAAGCCAUUUUCGUGGUAUCUGGAGAACAUUUGGCCGGAGCACUUCUUUCCCGCACCGGAUCGUUUCUUUGGCAAAAUCAUUUGGCUGGAUGGUGAAACGGAAUGCGCACAGGCGUACAGUAAGCACAUGAAGAACCUGCCGGGACGUGCCCUGUCUAGGGAUUGGAAGCGUGCCUUCGAGGAGAUCGACAACAAAGCCGAGGAAUUUAUGUCGCUGAUCGAUUUGGAGCGCGAUAAGUGCCUGCGUCCGCUGCAUGACGAUGUGCCGCGCUCAACGCUGCAGCCGGUGACAGUCGGCGAUUGCACAUCGCACGCACAGACGAUGGACAUGUUUGUCAUUACACCCAAGGGUCAGAUAAUGACCAACGACAAUGUCUGCCUCACAUAUCGCCCGCCCAAAGCGGGCGCGCUCAAGCUGCUCAGAAAUCGGAACGCAACGACUUCGAAUGUGAUGCUGACGCAAUGCGCCACCGAGGCAAGUCAACAGUGGACCUAUGACAUGGAUACACAACAGAUUUCGCAUCGCGAGACAAAGCUCUGUCUGACGCUCAAAUCGGCCACAAAUGCGCGCAACCAAAAGGUGGAGAAAGUGGUUCUUACCAUGGAGUGCAACUUCAAGGAUAUAACACAGAAAUGGGGACUCAUACCGCUACCGUGGCGCAUGUAAAAACACAACUUCGAAAACAUGAUAACGACAAAACGAGAUAACACAAAAAAAAAACCCCCCUGCCAGCGAUCUAAUACAA